AGCAGCCCCGUGCACUGUUCCUGCGGAUUGUACUUGAACGGGAGUUGGCUGUUUGGCAGCUUUAAAUAUAUGAAAACAGAACAAAGAGAAAGGCUCAGCACUGCUGUAAAAGAAGACACUAAACAAUAAAGCGAGGGAGAAUUCUCUGACUGCUUUACAAAAGGACUCUGCUAAUGUUUUGUUUUUCAAAGGGAACACUACACGCGGACUCUGUGGAGAAUUUGCAAGCGUUUAUUUUUCUAACCACCAAAACUUUGUUGGGACGGCUCUCUCUUUUUUUUUUUGGUUGUUUUUUUUUUUGUUUCACUUGAAUUUUAAUGUUCACAUUUCCACUCCGGCCCAAAACUUUGGACCGCUCAUGCUUUCAAGGGACUUUUGAGUUUUUAUUCCCCCCCUCCAAGCCCGAAUGCUGUAAAUGCACGUGGAUUUUAACCAGUUUUCUCACACCUUUUUUUUGGUGGCGUAUUUACGCACGCAUGUUAUUUGGCAAGCCAUACUUUCUCAAGUUUGAAUAAUUCAUGAGAUACAAUUUGCCCGCACGAAAGAAGUGACUGCAAAAAGGGAGGGGGCUAUCCACAAACAUAUUCAUAAGGCUUGACGGAAUGGCCACCGCGGCUUCCAAUCCCUAUCUGGCCAGCAAUAGCAUCUUAUCGUCCGGCUCCAUCGUGCACUCUGACUCGGGAGGCGGUGGCAUGCAGCCCGGCAGUGCUGCUGUUACCUCGGGCUCGGGGGGCUACAGAGGGGACCCCUCCAUUAAGAUGGUGCAGAGUGACUUUAUGCAAGGCGCCAUGGCAGCGAGCAACGGGGGACACAUGCUGAGCCAUGCCCACCAGUGGGUGACGUCCCUCCCGCACGCCGCCGCCGCAGCUGCAGCCGCCGUGGCCGCAGCCGAAGCGGGAUCUCCCUGGUCGUCGAGCCCGGUCGGCAUGACGGCGAGUCCGCAGCAGCAGGACGUGAAGAACCCCGCCAGAGACGACCUGCACACGGGCACGGCGCUGCACCACCGGCCGCCUCACCUAGCCCACCAGACUCACGCCGGGGCUUGGGGCAGCACCACCGCGGCGCACAUCAACUCCAUCUCCGGCGGGCAGCAGCAGCAGUCGCUGAUCUACUCCCAGCCGGGGGGGUUCACUGUGAACGGCAUGCUGAGCCCCGGGAGCCAGAGCCUGGUGCACCCGGGCUUAGUCAGGGGCGACACGCCGGAGCUGGACCACGGCAGCCACCACCACCACCAUCACCAGCAUCAUCCCCACCACCAGCACCACGGCGGCGUCAACAGCCACGACCCGCACUCGGACGACGACACGCCGACCUCGGACGACCUGGAGCAGUUCGCCAAGCAGUUCAAGCAGCGGAGGAUCAAGCUGGGCUUCACGCAAGCGGACGUGGGCCUGGCGCUGGGCACCCUCUACGGCAACGUCUUCUCCCAGACCACCAUCUGCAGAUUCGAGGCUCUGCAGCUCAGCUUCAAGAACAUGUGCAAGCUGAAGCCGCUGCUGAACAAGUGGCUGGAAGAGGCCGACUCGUCCACCGGCAGCCCCACCAGCAUCGACAAGAUCGCGGCGCAGGGGAGGAAGCGGAAGAAGCGCACGUCCAUCGAGGUGAGCGUCAAGGGGGCCCUGGAGAGCCACUUUCUCAAGUGCCCCAAACCCUCGGCGCAGGAGAUCAGCACCCUGGCGGACAACCUGCAGCUGGAGAAGGAGGUGGUCAGAGUGUGGUUUUGCAAUAGGAGACAGAAGGAGAAGCGGAUGACGCCGCCGGGAGUGGCGCAGACGCCGGAGGACGUGUACUCUCAGGUCGGCAAUGGGCAUUUUUUAGUAGAUUACUUAAAAGAUGCGAGUGAGGCGAGCGACCAGAGGGUGACAACCACAAGUUCAUUCCACCAGAAUACCUGCCUGAUGAUGCCCGCAAAACAUGCUCAUAUUUGUAUGAGACAAACCAACUAAGUGAUGUCAUAUAUGUUCAUAUAUGUCAUAUAUUUGUAUUUCCACCUUUUAGAUAUAAUAUGAAAGUGGAAAUAAGAAACAUCAACAAAAUGGUGCUUAAGGUAUAUUUCAUAUUUGUCCAUAUUUUAUACAUAAUAUCAAAUAUAAAAUAAUACUAAGGAACCUCACCAUGUUUCCAUAUUUUGUAUAUAAUAUAAAACUACACAAAAAGAAAGAAAUAAAACAAGAAACAUCAACAAAAUGGAAAUGAUGGUAUUUUGAUGUAUUUUCAUUUCCAUAUUUUGUGGAUAAUAUACAAAUUACACAAAGUAAAAAAUAAGAAGCAUCAACAAAAUGGUAAA